AAAGGUGUUAACUCUUGGUAGUAUCGGAACAGGUUUUUUAUUUGACUUUCGGUAUUGAUAGAGCUGGUAAAUAUAAAUAUUUUGAGUUUUGCAGUAGUAAUUUCAAAUCUGUGCGGUAGUGAUGUCAUAAAUGCAACUUAACAUUUACUGUAAUGGAAUUUUUAGAUAUGUGAGAUGAGUUUUGCAAAGAAAAUUUUAAUAAGGUAUGGUGAAAGUUAUUCGACGCGAAAAUAUUUUUAACCAACAAGUUUGUCAGCUGACUUCAGGAAUGGAAGGGAGUGCACGUGAUGCUGGUGAUUUCAAUACAAGUGCUGUGACUUUUUUUGACAAAAGGCUGAGCUACGUGGGGCAGGACUGCCAGCGCCUGCCCCGGGCCCUGGCCCAGCUCUACGGCUCCCAGGUGCACUGCCUGGACCUGAGCUUCAACUGCCUGCGGUCGCUGGACGGGGUCGAGCGCUUCUCGGGCCUGGAGGAGCUGGUGCUGGACAACAACUGCCUGUCGGACGGCAUCGUGGUGCCCUGUCUGCCGCGCCUGCACACCCUCUCCCUCAACAAGAACAGCAUAACCAGGCUGGAAUUGCUCCUGACGAAAAUCUCGCACAGUUUGCCGUCUCUUACCUAUCUCAGCCUGCUGGGAAAUAUUGCUUGCCCCAACCAGUUGUCAGAUUCUGAGAAGGAUGACGAGGACUACCAACGUUACAGGUACUAUGUGCUGCACCGUCUCCCGGGACUGCUGUUCCUGGACUCGACGCGGGUGAGCCCCCAGGAGAGGACCGAGGCGCUGUGCAGGGGCCAGUACAUGAAGGUCGUCAGCCCCGACAACUCGAAUAAGUUGCUUCUGAAGAAGGUGGAUAAUGAAAUGGGGACGGAAGCGCUGGACUACACGCCGCUGCCGCUGACCAACAGAGACAUCAGCGACCACAAAGGUGUGUACGGAAAGUGUCGCUACAGGUACUCUGGAAAACACUCCGAAGGUAAUCGCUUCAUCAGAAAUAAUGAUCUGUGAAUUCACAUCAACCGUCCGUGCAAACACGAACAGUGUUUUAACACCUGUACCAUUCCAUCAAUCCGUCUGUAAUCUAUAAUUAUUUUUUUUUUACAUCUAAAUGUGAAGAUUUUUUACUCAAAAUGUAUUUUUUCUAUAUUUUUCCUUGCAUUGUUUAUGCUUUGUAUUGGACUAGCCAGAUUCAGGUGUGUGCUUUUUAGCUUUUUCUUGGUCAGAAACUUGCAGUUUGUGCUCAUGUGAUAGCAGACGUGUUGCUUUAUUGCCAUGUUAAAUAGUAGUUUGCAGAGCUAGAGGAUAUUUUUGGACUUUGUUGUUUUAUAAUUACUUAAUUAGACUAUGUUUAUUAUGCAUCCUGUCAGUUUAAUGAUAACAAUUUUUUUUUGCAUUUAUUUUUCACACCACGUUUGUAUUAGUCAAUAGUUUUGUGUCUGCGUUGGAUUUCUUACUCAUUCCGGCUUCAUUUUCUUCCGGGUACUGUAUCCGGUGUUUGUGUUAAAAUUUCUGAGUAUUAGUGUCAUUAUCGCUAAUUUUUUGUCAUCAAUUCAGCCUCUCUCGCUUGGUGUAACAUGUCAUGACUGUGUGAACAUAUCUUGCUUCCCCAUUUUGAUACUAGUUUCCAUAUUCAAAAAAAUCUUUUAAUGGUGUUCAGCUAAAAACAUUUAUGCUAGUGUAUGUAAUUUUUGCAUUCAAGGAUAUUUUAUAAGAAAAUAUUUAUAAUCGGAGUGAACUAAAUUUAAUCAGUUUUUGUGUAUGAUUUUCACUUUAAUUCUACCAUAAAUCUGUUUAAAAAUUGAGUGUGUGUCAUAAAUGAAGAUCUUGUGUGUAGAUCAUCCGCAAAAGUUCUGCUAAUACAGCACUUGCUGAUCUGAAUUUCUGGAGAAACGUGUACAGUGUUUUUUGUUUGCUUGAAAGAACUGUUUGAGAUUUUUGUGACACAUUAUUGUCUAUUUAUCAAUUUUUUUUUGCUUGAAUGUAUUAUUUGUGACAUAAGACUGCUGUUUUUGUGUGGCACUUAGGAUUUCUCUAUUUCUGAUUUGUAUGAGACCUUUCAGAGAUAGAUCACAUCUCUAAUAAUGUUGAUGCAUUAAGUUUGGAUGCACUCAGUGAGAUUUUUAGAAGUAGGUACUACCUAUUAAAAAAAAUGAAUGUACUCUUUUGCACUUUGUACGUACAGUACGAACAAGGCAGAAUGGGAAUAUUUUGGUGCUCAUGUUAAAAAUUUGUUACCAUGAAAAAUACAUCACAUGAAUAUUUUGGAAAAAAUAAUCAGCACAAAAUUUGUUUUUAUUUUCUUAUAGACACUAAAAAAAUUGAGAAUACAUAAGUGUACUGACAAAAUAAAUGUUUCUUUUGAAUCAGCACGUACAUCACUAGGUAGACUCACAUUUAAUUGUAUGCCUGAACAAUGAACAAUUAUAAACACAGUUUCAAAACUAAGACAAACCUACAGUAGUGGAAUGACACUGUUUUUUGUUACUGGUCACAUGAGUAAACACAGAAGACGUAUGUACGUACUUCUCUCAUAUAUAUGCCUUUUUUUUUUGGGGGGGGGGGGGUUAACAAAUAAGUUUGUUUCGUAAAACUGUUACAGACUGUACAUUUGUAGGUUGUAGGCUGCAGGCUGCCACUUUUUAAUGAUUGGAACUUGUUGAGAUUAUUGUUUAGCAUAGUUUUCCAUAUAUUUUGUAGUAGUGUAACAUUGACCCUAUAUACGCCUUUUUAAAAAAAAAAAUUUUAGUUCCUUGGUACUAAAUACCUAAUGACAAAACUAGAGAUGAUAACGCUUUGAAAAUAUCUCCAUAUGAUGGAUUGUGUUUAAGUUUCUACAAUAUUGACUGGAAUAUAUAAUAAAAACGCGUGAUUGUUAAUUAUUAAUUGUAAAAAUUUCCUUGUUUAGUAAAGAAUUGUUUCUUUAUGUACUUAUCAAUUACAACGUGUUCAGAAAGUAAGUAGUACCACUAAUCUGUUUUUCAAAGUGUAGUUGCCACUAGGAAUUGAGGCACAGUUGUGGUGUCUACUGGGAGGGGUGGAGGGGGUGGGAGGUUAUAAAACAGUUACAACUGUUUGAGAACAUAGUAUUCUCUAUAUUUGAUCUUCAAUAGUGCUCAAGUUGCACCGUUUUAUAACAUUUUGUAGAUAUGUAUCUGUGUUUAUAUCAGCUGUCCGGUAAAUACUGCCUGCUACCUAAUACCAAAUUUUAGAAUACAAGAAAUAUCCUGCAACAAUAUGGCUUUAGAAUGAAUGGUAGCAAAACUUUUUUGAGAAUAAUAAAUAAAAAGUCAUAGUAAAACUAUAAAAACUGCACCAUUUUGAGCAAUUGCGAGCCAGGAAACCAUUUAUCUCGAUAUACUACCAACAUAAGUGGGUGAAUGUUUCAUGGUAAUUUAUAUUUUUUUAUUUUAGGGUGAUUUCUGUAUCACAAAGCUUUGAGAAGGGUGGGCUAAUGUGACUAAUAUUAAUAAAUAGUCUGUUUAACCACUGCUGAAUGAAUGGUGGGACGACAGACUGUUACGAGCAAAACAAGCCAUACAGUUCCUGCAUGCGUUCUCGCCAGAAUGCGUCUUUAGCCCACCAAAAUGUUUUCGGAAUGUGGCUGUACACUUCUUUUACAAGAGUCUUGCUUCGUAAUGGUGUGCGUGAUCUUCCUCACAGAAAGAGGUUUCCCGAAAUUCUUGGCCUUUGUGUGAAGACAGCAGGCUAUUUUGUAGCGUCGAUGGCAAACACAAUUUAUUCCUGUGCUUCUUGCAACACUGUUCAAGAUUAUUUUAUUUUAUUCAUACCAAUGGUUGCCACCAUUUAAUUAAUUUUGGGACUAGACAUGCAGCUAGCAUUCAGUCGCAAUUUCUUGUAAUGAAAGUUGUUGAAUUCCAGGAAAAUUCAAGAUUAAAUUCAAAAAUCUUGAAUUGCUUAUCAAUGUGAAAAAUUUUUUAACCUGAGAUUAGUGUUAUACUUUGGCUCUGCACUUUUUUUUUUGCCAUAUCUUCAGUUAUCAUGUUUAUCAGAAAAGUCUCUUAUUUGAUGGUAGAAAUAUUUUUUGUGAAAACUUUUUUUUUUUGUAUUGCAGUGUGUUCAAGAUUGUUUAAUGUGAAAAUAAACAAAUAUGUAUUUUUGAGUUGAAGGAGGCAACUAUGCAUGUACUGCCUUUAUAGUGCUUGAGAGAACUUGUAUGAAGCUAAUAUGAUUUAUUGAGAAAUCUAUAUCUGUUUACAAUAAUAUUAUACAUACAUGAUUUUAUACGUAACUCACAGUACAUAUAUGAUUAUGGUUUAAAAUUUCUAAUAAUGCUUUAUUUAUAUACAGUACACUCCCUAUUUAACGCAGUUGUCUGGGGACAUAACUCUUACCCGCGUUGUUGCAUAACCGCGAUGUUUCGAUGUGACCAAUGUCAAAAGGCAUAAAACACUGCAUGUGUUCUAAUAGGUCGGUCAAGCACGCACAGUAUAGACGGCCCGGCCCGCCUUAUGUGCGGACUUUGCAUCCGAAGUUUUCACUAAACGCGGGUGAAAAAAUAAAAAUAAUAAAUUUUAAAGAUAAAUAUUAAAUGUUGAAUUUUUUUUAUUUGUCCGCGUGCCGCGCAGUUUGUCGCACGGGCUACGAGCGCGCCACACGCCGCCAUACACACGUUCGGCACACAAGCUGCUGCCAGUCUCGUGGUGUCAGCCACAGUAUCUGCUUCGUAAAAAAUAAAGAAUUGUCUAUCGUGUCAAGUGGUUAAAUUUUAUUAUCCAUGCUUUCAGUAAAUUAUAAAUGGUCACACGCAGGAAACAAAAAUUGCGCCAAAUUAAUUUUAGCGCAAUCAGUGGCACCGUAUUAAAAAGUCUGUUAAACUUUGUCUUUACUUAUUCCACCAAACACUGUGUCGAGUUGCUGAGUAUGUGUGUGGCUCGGAUCGGCAAGUGUUAUAUUCCCCACGCUUAAAGGUUGGGAGGCCGCUACACAUUAACAUUUCCGGGGCUUGUUUACUACCUCACGGCAAAAGUGGUACAGUAUGGUUCACGUAAGUAUUGGACCACUGGGAAUUCCUCGGCAAAGAUUAAAAAUACGCUAGCUGAUUUACUUUACUAUUUAAUGUUAAAACAUUAUACCAAAGUAAAAAGAUGAACGCAUAUAAUACAAUGAAUUACCCAAUAAUAUUACGUCUGUAGGUUUAAGUGUUGUAACAAAACAUUUAUAUACAGAUGUCCAGUAAAAUACCAAUUAAUAUAGUACAUACUGUACAGUAAAAGAUGGUAAAAAUAAAAAAGAAGUCAUAGUUUGUGUAAGCGCUCCACACUAAAUGGGAAGAUUCUGGAGUGGAAUUUUAAACAACGGACUACCUGAUUUUGCCUUGUACGCAGCAACGCUGCUCAGUGAAGUGACUCAUGCUCUGCCUGUGUGCUGCGUGAACACAUCCCCUUCCCCACCCCCUCCACCACUCCGUGUUUCUGCCCGCUCCAAUCUCUACCUCUCUCUACGCCUUAUCUUUCCUUCUUACCUCUUCCCUCUCCGACAGUAUACGUCAACUACCCCGCCCCACCCACUAAGAUCGGGCUUCGCCUUCGAUGCUUGCCUGCUGUAUUCCGUGACAAACUUUCCAUCGCGAAAACCACCCUUCUAAAGCUUUGAAGUCCGUCUUUCCAUGCAAAUUGUUAUGAAACUUCACAGCUUGAGCCUUCAAAAUAGGUCCUGACAAUGGUACACCUUCACUUUGUUUAAUUAAAAAACACCUGUAAAGGCAUUCAUCCAGUUCACUGUCUUCACCUAACUUGAUUGUUUUUCUUUGCAACCCUACAUCACUUUCAAUAACAUCCACAAAAUUUCUCAGUUUCUGUUCCUUUUUCGUCUCACCUUUUUUCACACGCUCAAUGAUUUUCAGUUUAUCUGCUAUAGAAUUGAGUUUUUCGUUUCUGUGACAUCGUACCAAGUGCUAACAAGACUUGACUGUAAAAACACUGCUUCAAUAACGCACGGUCAACAAUGACUUGUCUCCGCUUGUCAACAAACGUGACCACGAGAAGUGUGCAGACAGGAAAUGAGUGAACUACUCAAGGACACCAGACUUCCCCCCUUUCGGCUUACUAUCGCCCCUCUCAUCAUUAGCGCUUAUAUUCCACCCCUCCCGCCUACCCGGGUGUCUUGGUCGCAUAUUCUCGGCUCGCCUCUCCCCUCCCAGCACUUGCCGUCAACCAAGCCUAUCCAACAUCAAUCCCCAGCCGAGUCACGCUGGAUAAUGUCGCUGGACGGUGGGCUUUAUCGGGUCCCCUGUCCGAUGCUUCGUUUGUGAGAUAAAGCGACGUUAAGAACUAGUGUUUCAGAAAUUAACACUGGGCUGGAUUGGACCAUAAUUUGAAAACCCUACAAGAUAGAGGAAUAAUGUACGGAGAUAUCUUGUUUAGAAUUUCACUGCGGACAUUUUCUACGCCUAUGCUUUUUUCUGCCCGAUGCUUAGUUUGUGAGUUACAAUGCAAAAUUAUCCUAAUCUGCUGUCAAUCAUUUAUUCCAUUAUUAUUAAUUUCUGAUUGGGGGACAUGGUUUGACCUGCGAUAUACCCAAUUCCGCAAUCAAUCGGGGCGCGAUAUACCGGGAGUUUACUGUAUAUAUAAUCUGUUGGACCAACAAAAAAAUUUUUAAAAUUAAAAUUUUAAUGGUUUAGAAAAACACAUUGCCACAAUUGUUUUUUCUUUCAUUUAGACCUAUCUAUUAUAGUUCUGUACACAUUUCUCUAUCUUUCGUUUUACAGAAUUUUGAAUGGGCUUUUCUUAGACUCCUGUAAAGUGUUAUGUAAAAUGUUAAAAAUAAGAUUUUAAAAAUAUUUGAUAUUUGUUAAAUAAUAUAUUUGAUUAAAAAAGAAAUAAUAGUUUUCGCAGAGCCUAAAAUACCAAGUUGGUGUUCAAUAACCCGGCAAAAUAGUUUAUUCUUCACUACUGUUGUUUCUUACUUGCCGCAUUAAAGACGUUUCACUAUACUCAACUUGGAAAAUAUAUAUUAUUUUAUACUUUCAGCCCAGAAUUUUUUUUUUUAAAUAAACUUAUGUAAGAGCUAUUUUGUUAUACAAAGGGAAACUGCCCCGCAUGCCCGUCUGUUGUGAUGGGCUCUGCGUUGGGAUUAUUGUGCGGAGCACUAGGGCAAAACACACAUACAUUGGCAUUACCUGAAAUAGUGCCCCAAACUAACUAUAUAGUAAAAUCAUUAACACAUGGUCAUGCGAGAAACUGUACUAACAAUGGCUUUUAGAAAAUUUGUAAGGAAAGUUUUGUGAAAAGGUAUUUUCUGUCUCUAUUUUAACAGAUGUAUGUACCCCAUGUUAAUGUUUUUUGCUAUUUUGUACUUAUUUUUUUAUGAAGUAAUGUAUUUUUCCAAUAACUUUGAUACUACGUGCAUCUAAUUGUUUGUAAAUGAUGUAUUCGUUGGAUAUGAAAAUAUAUACAAUUACUACUA